AUGAGGUCCCCUGGGCAAAGCAGCUGGGAGCAGCUGGGAGCUGCUGGGGGCUCCUGGGGUGGCCAAGGACCCACCCCCCGCAGCGGCACUCAUAACCACACCUGCUCUCCCCCGUCCCAGGCGCUCCUGGCCAGGGCCCUCUACGACAACUGCGCCGACUGCUCCGACGAGCUGGCCUUCUCCAGGGGAGACAUCCUGACCAUUCUGGAGCAAAACGUGCCGGAAAGCGAGGGCUGGUGGAAGUGCCUGCUCCAUGGGAGGCUGGGCCUGGCCCCCGCCAACCGCCUCCAAAUCCUCACGGAGACCCCCGCAGACAGGCCCUGCCCCCCCUUCAUGAGAGACUCUCUUGCCGGCCCUGAAAAGACCUGCCAGGCGCCCACCCUGCUCAGCCCCUCGCCGCCUGGCCCCGUGUACGAGCAGAUGAAGAGCUGGGUCAGGGGACCCCCGCCAGCCGCCGCCCAGGUCUACGAGGUCCCCAGCCCCCCGGCCAGCGGCAGCAUCGUCUGUGAGAAGGUGCUGGGUGCGCCGAGACAGGCCCUCUUCACAACUCCCAGGCCUGCCUGGGCCUCCAUGCCGGCUCUGCAGCCCCCGCUGUACGACAAGCCGGCCCAGAGCCGGGCGCCCCCGGCCCUGAAGGAGACAGAGAAGCAGAGAUUAUAUGACAUACCUGCCAGCCCCCAAAAGGCAAGACUCGGUGCCCCUGCCACCCAAGCAAGUGGCCAGAGUGUCCCGCUGACAUCAGCCACAGCCUUAAAAAAUAGUGGCUACAGCACUUUGCCAAACCCUCAGAAGUCAGAAUGGAUGUAUGACACGCCUGUGUCUUCAGAAAAAGCCAGUGUCAGAAAUGCAGCUCUAACCGGCUUCAUGGAAGGAUCGCGGCCCCAGGCCCACCCCUGGCAUCUGUCCAGCUCCCCGAGUCCUCCAGACAGCAGAGCCCCGUCCCUCACGCCACACCUGCCUAAAAAUGCAUCCAUGCAGAAAAAACUCAGCCUUCAGGAAAUUCCUUCCUGUGGCCGCCCAGCACCCCGGGACGCGGUCCCUUUGGAAGAAGGAACCAACUUCAGGGUUCCUUCCAGCUUCCUGGCUCCCCGGGUGGAGCAGCAGAACACCAAGCCGAACAUUUAUGACAUCCCUAAAGGGAUGGUGAGUGACCCCCAGCCCAAGAAGGAGCUGGGCAAAGCGGGCGGAGCUCCAGAGGCCCCCCGGGACCCGGCUUCCUGGUGCUACCCCAGACAGGCGGCCUCGCUGUCUCCCGACCUGGACAGACUGUCUGCUUCUAGCUCUGACAGCAGAGCCAGCGGCAUGUCUUCUGGCUCCUCCACAUCCACUGACUCUUUGUCCAGCUCCUUCUCAGAGGAACCAGCAAUGGAGCAGCCCAUGGGCCAGGACUUGGCCAAAGAGACGGCGGCGGUUCUGCAGCACCAGGUGGCUGGCUCCGUCGCGGGCCUGAUGCUCUUCGUGAGCAGGCAGUGGCGGUCCCGAGAGCACCUGGAGGCCAACGUGGAUGCCGUCCGCAGGGCGGUUGAACACAUAGAAGGAUCUUUGAGAGAAUUCCUGGCCUUCGCCCGGGCGGUGGCGAGGACAGCCUCUCGGCUCACUGACUGUCACCUUCAGGCCAGAAUCCGGGAGCAGCUGCAGGUGAUCUCCCACUCGCACCAGAUCCUGCAGGAAACCAGGGAAAGCCUGGAGAGCGUCAACUGGUCCCUGGAAGUCCUUGUGACUGACAAAGGCCAAACCAGCCCCGAUGACCUGGAGAGAUUUGUCAUGGCGGCACGGACGGUUCCAGAAGACGUCAAGAGAUUUGCCUCCAUGGUCAUUGCCAACGGGAGGCUCCUUUUCAAGCACAGUUGUGAAAGGGGAGAGACUGUACUGUUGACCCCAAAUGCAGAAUUUAAGCUUGCAAAAUGCAAUCGACUUCCCCAAAGGGAAUCCGAAUCGUACCAAAGCAGCUCCCCUUUCAAUCGACACAGAACCAAUGUCUGCAACCAGAAUCCUUGCUGUCCUACCCCCCAAUCUUCCAGUCUACAGAACCCUGAGAAAAGGAUCCACCUUUCCGAACACUGCCGCCUCUACUUUGGGGCACUCUUCAAAGCCAUCAACGCCUUUUCCAGCAGCCUCAACGACAGCCAGCCCCCCGAGAUCGUCAUCACGCAGAGCAAGCUGAUCAUCAUGGUGGGGCAGAAGCUGGUGGACGCGCUAUGCAAGGAGACACAGGACAGGGACGCACGCAACGAAGUCCUCUGUGGCAGCAACCACCUGUGCAGCCUGCUCAAGGACCUGGCGCUGGCCACCAAGCAGGCAGUGCUCAAGUACCCCAGCCCCGCAGCCCUGGGGCACCUGAAGGCCGAGGCCAAGAAGCUGGAGCAACACACGCAGCAAUUCCGGGGGACCUUGGAAUGAGCCUCCCCCCCCCGGCAUGCUUUGCCCCCACCCCAUUAACCUCUUAGAUUCAGCAGCACACCCACAACCAUGCACCCCUGUCCUAUGGUACAAAACAGUCUGGGGGUAUCCCAGCGGGAAGAAACAGCCAGUGCUGGUCUGAGCAAGUGACUAUAUAACCGCAGGACACUGACACAACUCACAGAGUCAGGGGUCAACCAAGGACCUCGCUGAGCUCUUGGAAUAUCACAUUGGAAGUGAUGCUGUAGAAAAUGACUUUAAUUUGCUUAAAUAUGUGCCUGUUUUAAAUUCAUUCAUGAUCUCUUUAUUUAUAAAAAGAACCUAUUAUAUAUCAGAUUCUAGGUGCUGGGUAUAGAGCUGUAAUCCAAAGUGGCUUUGACCUCAUGGAGCUUAAAAUGUAGUAAAGAGACAGACAACUAAGUGAAAAUACAAUGUAUCAGGUGGUCAGG